AUGUUUGACGAAAGUUUGAUAAAUAAGAAAUUUCGGGCAAAUUUACGCACCAAAUGCUUCUCUAGCACAGAUUCCCGAAAUUCCGGAGAUUCCGCAAAUUCUGAGAAAUUUAAUGAUUCCAAAAACUCAACUAGUCCCAAAAAUUCCAAUCUUUUGGAUAAAAAGAGAUUUGUGGCAUUAUUGCUGAAGAAUAGCAAUUCUUUAAUUUUACUGCACUUGAUUAUUCAAAGGAAUCUUAACCGACACUCUCCCGCCAAAUUACAUUCCCCCUCCUCUUCCUCUAGCUCCCCCUCUUCUUCCCCUAGCUCCCUAUCCCCUAAGAAUAGUAGCUCCCUCUCACCUUUUUCUACUAAUUCUAACACCUACACAAUUGACAAAUUGCUGGAAUCAGACGACAUGAGAUUAAGCGUGAUAAUAAACGUCCAGGAACCAACAAACUCCAACACAAUCACAAAUGUUAACACGAUCAGCAACCAGAAACUCAAUUCUGUGGUUAAAAUUUUGAGUAAAUUUACACCAACGGAGGUGACGGAACAGUUUGAAUCUCCCUCACUUUGCGCUUAUAAACUCAAUAAUUACCUCACAAUUAUCAUCAUCACACAUUGCCAUCUACUACACAAUACCUCACACAAUUCUCCACACACCACUUUACACACUUUAGAUUACACUGUACACACUACUCCACACGGUACUCUGAACACUGUAGAUUACACUGUACAAAAUACUGUGUGCACCUUGGAAUGUGAUGUUUUGAGGGAAAAUUAUGAAAAAAUGGCCCAAAAUGACCCUGACAGCUUUGUAAUAUCCUGGAAUAAACUACUAUACAACAACGUCAGACACUACUUUAAUUCGUAUACGAGGGUUUAUCUACUGUUGCCAGACUGUGUUGAGGAUAUUUGUAAGAUGACUUUGCUUUUGACGUGUCUGGGUUUGGGAGGUGACGUUGCCAACUCCACAGCGUUUCACACCACUCUGGACAAUGUCACACUACUCAGACCCUUAAAAACGUUAACACAGGAACAACUAUCCUUUUACGCCCAGAUUCAUAAUGUUAACACCGUUAGCGAUUACACAGCCGGACCCGUUUUAAAGUGUAUAGAAGAGCUAAUCGCUGAAGUAACACAGGAACAUAAUAAUUCACUCCACAACAUCAUCAACAUCACCAAUAAACUAAACACUCACACUUAA